AUGGAUUAUAUGCUGGGGCCCAACGUGACAACAGUAACUGAUGACUAUUAAUCCAGCACCAUCUCCAGCCCCUGCGACGGGGAGCUUAUCCUAGGAGAUCGCAAGGUGCUUCUUGCCAUCCUUUACUGCCUCCUGUUUGUGUUUGGUCUUCUGGGGAACAGCCUGGUCCUCCUGGUGCUUCUCACCUGCAAGAGGCCGAGGAGCAUCACGGACAUGUACCUCCUGAACCUGGCUCUGUCUGACCUUCUCUUUGUCUUCUCCUUCCCCUUUCAAACCCACUACCAGCUGGACCAGUGGGUGUUUGGGACAGUGAUGUGCAAGGUGGUCUCUGGCUUUUAUUACAUCGGCUUCUUCAGCAGCAUGUUCUUUAUCACCCUCAUGAGUGUAGACAGGUACCUGGCGAUUGUCCACGCCAUAUAUGCCAUGAAGGUGAGGACAGCGCACACAGGCACAGUCCUGAGCCUGGCCGUGUGGCUGACCGCCACUGCGGCUGCCAGCCCGCUGCUGGUAUUUUACCAGGUGGCCCCUGAAGACGGCGCUCUGCAGUGCUAUGCGUCUUACAGUCAACAGACUUUGAAGUGGAAGAUCUUCAUCCACUUUGAGAUGAAUGUCGUGGGCCUGCUGAUCCCCUUCUCCAUCCUGAUGUUUUGCUACAUCCGCAUCCUGCAGCAGCUGCACAGAUGCCGCAACCAUAGCAAGACCAAGGCCAUCAGGCUGGUGCUCCUUGUGGUCGCUGCAUCUCUCCUCUUCUGGGUCCCCUUCAAUGUGGUCCUCCUCCUGACUUCUCUACACAACCUGCACAUCCUGGAUGGAUGUGUCAUGAGCCAGUGGCUGAUUUAUGCCACCCACAUCACGGAAACCAUUUCCUUCACUCACUGCUGCAUAAACCCAGUGAUCUACGCUUUUGUGGGCGAGCAGUUCAAGAGACACCUCUUAAAAAUAUUUCAGAAGAGCUGCAGCCCCAUCUUCCUGUAUAUGGGGAGACAAAUCCCCAAGGAGGGCUGGCAAAGGGCAUCCUCCCUCCAUUGGCCCUGCCCCCAUUCCUCCAGCGUGGACUACAUUUUGUGAGAAGGCCCCUCAAAGCUGGCCUCUGCCUCCCUCUCCACUCUUCUUCCAGGAGGCAAAAAUGAUGCAUCUCAGAGCCUGAGGCAGGCUGACGGGGCACUUGUAGAAAUCUGGUUGCAGACACAAGACUUAUUUCAUGACAUUAAGUGAAUUCCUACUAUUAAUCCCAGCUUUCAAAGACUCUUGUUACUAUUUUCUGGAAAUAGUCUAUAUAUUUCACUGUUAGGUAUAAUGCCAGCUAUAUGGAAUUUUUCCCUUAGUUUUUGGAGUGUCUUUUUUUAUUUUAUUUUAUUUUAUUUUGGUAUCAUUAAUCUACAAUUACGUGGAGUGUCUUUUAUAUACCAAUUUGAAAUUACAUCAAAUGUCCUUUCCUUGUCUGUGAGGUGAUCACAUAAUUUUCUUCCAUUUUUCUGUUACUUUGGUGAACUACAUUGAUUUUCUUAUCCUAAAUCAACCUGUAUUUUCCCUGGGAAAAAAAUGACCACUUGGUCACAAUCAUUUUCAUAAAUAAUUGGCUUCUCUUGAGAUUUUUAUAUCUCCAUUCAUGAAUAUUAUCCUGUAAUUUUCCUUUCUUAUAUGUCAUGUUCAGGUUUGGCCUCUGGAAGUGAGUUGAAAAUUAUUCCCUUUUCUACCACUCUCUGAAAGAGUUCAUGUAGAAUUUUUGGUGUUAUUUCCUCCUUAAAUGUUUUGUAAAAUUCAUUAGUGAAGCUGCCUGGGAUUUCUCUGUAGGAAGAUUUCAGAUUAUGUAUUCAAUUUCUUUGGCACAUAGAGAUGUUUUCUAUUUUUGCUUGUGUCAAUUUUGGGAAGUUGUGAUUUUUAAGGAGUUUUUGCAUUUCAUGUAAGUUAUCAAACAUGUAGAUUAGCAUAAAGUUGUUUUUAGUAUCUUCCUAUAGUCUUUUUAACACAUCGGGAUCUGAAGUAAUGUUUCUUUUCAUUCCUGAUAUUGGUAAUUUGUAUUUUCUUUCUUUUUUUCCCUGAUCAGUCUUAUGGAAUUUACCAAUUUUACUACUCUUUUUAAACAACCAAUUUUUGGCCUUAUUGAUUUUGUUUUUGUCUUUUCAUUGAUGUCUGCUCUUAUCUUUAUCUUACCUCAUUUUUUUGGUUUCUUUACUAUUUUAUUCUAGCUUCUUGAAGUGGAAUCUUAGAUGAUUGUCAACCUUUGUUCAUUUCUGAAAGAUGUCUUUAAAGCUACAAAAUUCCCUCUAAGCACUGCUUUGGCUGCAUCCCAUACAUUCUGAUAUAAUAGAGUUUCACUAAUUUUCAAUUUAUUUUCUUUUUGUGUUGUGAAUUCUUCUUUGAAUCAUGAGAUUUUUAGAGACCAAUUUAAAAUUUCCAAACAUUUGGGGCUUUCUAAUUAUCUUUAUGUCUUCGUUUCUCUAGUAGAUUGACUCUACUGUUUUCAGAGAACAUACAUAUACGUUCAGAUAUUUUAAAUUUAUCAAGAACUGUUUUACGACCCAGAGUAUGAUUUCUUAUGCGAAACGUGCCAUGUGUACUUGAAAAGAAUGGUUGUAUUGUGCAGUUGUUGAUUAUAGCUGGUUAAUCAGAUUGUUCAAGUCUUCUAUCUAUCUAUCUAUCUAUCUAUCUAUCUAUCUAUCUAUCUAUCUAUUUUUUGAGAGGGCAUCUCUCAUGUUUAUUGAUCAAAUGGUUGUUAACAACAAUAAAAUUCUGUAUAGGGGAGUCAAUGCUCAAUGCACAAUCAUUAAUCCACCCCAAGCCUAAUUCUCGUCAGUCUCCAAUCUUCUGAAGCAUAACGAACAAGUUCUUACAUGGUGAACAAAUUCUUACAUAGUGAAUAAGUUCUUACAUGGUGAACAGUACAAGGGCAGUCAUCACAGAAACUUUCGGUUUUGAUCACGCAUUAUGAACUAUAAACAAUCUGGCCAAAUAUGAAUAUUCAUUUGAUUUUUAUACUUGAUUUAUAUGUGGAUCCCACAUUUCUCCCUUUAUUAUUAUUAUUAUUAUUUUAAUAAAAUGCUGAAGUGGUAGGUAGAUGCAAGAUAAAGGUAGAAAACAUAGUUUAGUGUUGUAAGAGAGCAAAUGUAGAUGAUCAGGUGUGUGCCUGUAGACUAUGUGUUAAUCCAAACUACACAAGGGCAAUAAAACAUCCACGUAUGCAGAAGAUUUCUCUCAAAACAGGGGGGGGUGAAGUUCUAAGCCUCACCUCUGUUGAUCCCCAAUUUCUCACCUGAUGGCCCCCCUGCGACUGUGCCUGUCUUAGGUUGUUCCUCCCUUGAGGAAUCUUACCCUUCUCUGGCUAACCAGUCAUCUUCCGGGGCCAUACAGGGAAAUGUUAAGUUGGUAAGUGAGAGAGAAGCCAUAUUGUUUGAAAAGGUUAGCUUUUUACUUCUUUGCAUAUUUAUGCCCUGUAGCUUCUAUGCCAGCAUUUGUCUUGAGGUAUCUUUACCACUUGGAGGGAUUAUGAUACUCGGUAAAUUCAAUAUGAGGCACAAAUUCUAUUUAAGGGUUGUAAUUAGGAAGGAAGAAGAAAAGCUAUAGAGGUAGCAGACAUUAGAAAACAUGGGAAAAUUAUUUCUUUGACAUAUCUUCUUGUAGAGUAACUUAAGCAUGUAUAGGUUUUAAACUACUAUUUAAAUUGCGCACACACAUUAACAUAAUAGGAAUACAGUUACCUAACCAAAGCAGAUCUACAAUUACCAGCCAUCUCCAGUGAAGCCAAGAAAACUAGUUAGGCACCUUAGGCAUUUGUGAAAAUUUGUCUAUGAUAUGAUGGACAUUGUCCAACUGUACUUGAACAGUCUGAGAGAAAUCAGACAAAUUAAAACAACCCAUUCCUGGGAACUGUUCACAUCUUGUAUGCUCUUUUAACAGUAGAUAGUCUGUAAUUGUAAGAUUUUGGAGCGCUACAACUUGCACUUCUCCUAAUUCUUGGUUCCAACAGUGUAGAUCCAGUCAAAUUUGUUGUUUUACUGUAUGCACAGGCCAGCUUAGAUAUCUCCUUCUUCAUUCCAAUGGCAAGUCCAGGAACCAGUGGGAUAAAUGCAGCUACAACUGCAGCACCGCCUGUAUCUUUGUUGAGGUUUUUUGAUGAUCAUCUUCUGGUAUGACUCUUCCAGAGUGCUGAUGUUGGAAGUUCUUCUUCAUAUCGUAUCUUAGUUCAUUUUCUGGGUAGCCAAAUUUAUCUAUAUAUUUUUGCUGAUUUUUUUGUGUUUGCUUAUUCUGAGUCACUGGGAGAAGUAUGCUAAAACCUCUACCAGUAAUUGUGAGUUGUCUAUUUUUCAUUUUAGUUAUGUUAAUUUUUGCUGUAUAUAUCUUGAAGUGAUGUAACUUAGUGCAUAUAAAUAUAGGAUUGUUAUGCCUUUCUAUUGAACUGACUCUUUUAUCAUUAUGAACUGUUUCUUUUUCUCCAGUAAUACUUCUUGUCUUAAUCCUGCUAUCCCUAGCAUUAAUAUAACCAAAUCAGCCUUCUUUUGAUUAGUGUUUGUUGUGUCUCUCUAUACUCUUUUACUUUCACAGGUGGCCCAUUCUCUGCCAAGGCCCAAGGGGCUGGGGUCAUGGCCUCUGCAGGACAGUGCCAGCCACCAGCUUCUCCUGGGUGAGUUACGGCACAGGAGCCUGAGGGACAGGGCAAUACCCCUGAAAGACUUGCCCCUAAAAAAACUGCCAAACACUCUGAAAAGAAGGUUUCUGUUAACCUAAGGUAAGCCUCCGUUUGUGAGACAGGAAAACAAGAGGAGGGUUAUGCUGAGUAAAGAUUUCUGUGAAACCAUGUUCACUGCAGCACACGCUCUAAGUGCACUGCCGGGAACACUCUCAAUAUCCAAAAAAUAGGAGAGUGGGUCGGCAGAUUGCUAUAG